GGUUCUCACCCAACUUCCAUUAAGCACUUGGGGCAGGAGGGGUGUAAGUUGUGCGCGGUUGGCUAGAGGGAAUCAGUCACCAAGGCCGGCAGCUGGAGUGCGGGAGACGGAUGCGGAGGAUGGGCGGAGAGCGCGCGGGGCACGGCAUGGAGCUCCAGGCGGCCCGCGCCUGCCUUGUCCUGCUGUGUGGCUGCGCGCUGGCGGUGGCGGAGGCGCAGGGCAAGGAAGUUGUACUGUUGGACUUUGCUGCAGCUAAAGGAGAACUCGGCUGGCUCACACAGCCAUAUGGCAAAGGGUGGGACCUGAUGCAGAACAUCAUGGAUGACGUGCCCAUCUACAUGUAUGCCGUGUGCAAUGUGGUGGCAGGCGACCAGGACAAUUGGCUCCGUACUAACUGGGUGUACCGGGGUGAGGCCGAGCGCAUCUUCAUCGAGCUCAAGUUCACUGUUCGAGACUGCAACAGCUUCCCCGGGGGUGCCAGCUCCUGCAAGGAGACCUUCAACCUCUACUAUGCAGAGUCUGACGUGGACUAUGGCACCAAUUUCCAAAAGCGUCAUUUCACCAAGAUCGACACCAUUGCACCUGACGAGAUUACCGUCACCAGUGAUUUUCAGGCCCGCUAUGUGAAGCUGAACGUGGAGGAACGCUCUGUGGGGCCACUCAGCCGCAAGGGCUUCUACUUGGCCUUCCAGGACAUCGGUGCCUGUGUGGCAUUGCUCUCUGUCCGCGUUUACUACAAGAAGUGCCCCGAGCUGCUGCGGAACCUGGCCCGCUUCCCUGAGACCAUUGCCGGCUCUGAUGCUCCCUCCUUGGCCACUGUGGCUGGUACCUGUGUAAAUCACGCUGUGGUACCACCCGGGGUAGAGGAUCCCCUCAUGCACUGUGCGGUGGAUGGUGAAUGGCUGGUGCCCAUUGGGCAGUGUCUGUGCCAGGAGGGCUACGAGAAGGUGGAGGAUGCCUGCCAGGCUUGCUCACCUGGAUUCUUCAAGCCCGAGGCAUCUGAGAGUGCCUGCCUGGAGUGCCCAGCACACACACUGCCCUCCCCUGAGGGUGCCACCUCCUGUGAAUGUGAGGAAGGCUACUUCCGGGCGUCUGAGGACUCUCUAGCCACUCCCUGCACACGCCCGCCAUCCGCCCCACACUACCUUACAGCUGUGGGCAUGGGUGCCAGAGUGGAGCUGCGCUGGACGCCUCCCCAGGACAAUGGGGGUCGUGAGGAUAUCAGCUACACUGUCACCUGUGAACAGUGCUGGCCCGAGUCCGGCGAGUGUGGACCCUGUGAGGACAAUGUGCGUUACUCAGACCGGCCAUACGAGUUAACCCACACCAGCCUGAUGGUCAGUGAUCUGGAGCCUCACAUGAAUUACACCUUCACCGUGGAGGCGCGAAACGGUGUCUCCAGCCUGGUGGCCAGCCGCAGCUUCCGCACCGCCAGUGUCAGCAUCAACCAGACAGAGCCCCCUAAGGUGAAGCUGGAGAACCGAAGCACCACCUCGCUGACAGUCUCCUGGAGUAUCCCCCUGCGGCAACAGAGCCGUGUGUGGAAGUAUGAGGUCACCUACCGCAAGAAGGGGGACUCCAACAGCUAUAACGUGCGCCGCACCGAAGGCUUCUCUGUGAUCCUGGAUGACCUGCUUCCUGAUACCACCUACCUGGUCCAGGUGCAGGCAUUAACACAGGAGGGCCAGGGUGCUGGCAGCAAGAUGCACGAAUUCCAGACCCUGUCCACGGAAGGAUCUGGCAACAUGGCGGCGAUUGGUGGCGUGACCGUUGGUGUUGUCUUGCUUUUGGUGCUGGCUGGAAUUGGCUUCUUCAUCCACCGCAGGAGGAAGAGCCUGCGUGCCCGCCAAUCCUCGGAGGAUGUGUACUUCUCCAAGUCAGAACAACUGAAGCCCCUGAAGACAUACGUGGACCCCCACACAUAUGAGGACCCCAACCAGGCUGUGCUCAAGUUCACCACCGAGAUCCAUCCGUCCUGUGUCACACGGCAGAAAGUGAUUGGAGCAGGAGAGUUUGGGGAGGUGUACAAAGGGACCCUGAAGGCAUCAGGGAAGAGGGAGGUGCCUGUGGCCAUCAAGACGCUGAAAGCUGGCUACACCGAGAAGCAGCGUGUGGACUUCCUCAGUGAGGCCAGCAUUAUGGGCCAGUUCAGCCAUCACAACAUCAUCCGCCUGGAGGGCGUCGUCUCCAAGUACAAGCCCAUGAUGAUCAUCACUGAGUUCAUGGAGAAUGGAGCCCUAGAUAAGUUCCUUCGGGAGAAGGACGGUGAGUUCUGCGUGCUCCAGCUGGUGGGCAUGCUGCGGGGCAUUGCGGCCGGCAUGAAGUACCUGGCUAACAUGAACUACGUGCACCGGGACCUGGCUGCCCGCAACAUCCUCGUCAACAGUAACCUGGUCUGCAAGGUGUCUGACUUUGGCCUGUCCCGUGUGCUGGAGGAUGACCCUGAGGCCACCUACACCACUAGUGGUGGCAAGAUUCCAAUCCGAUGGACAGCUCCAGAGGCUAUUUCCUACCGCAAGUUCACAUCAGCCAGCGAUGUGUGGAGUUACGGCAUUGUCAUGUGGGAGGUGAUGACUUAUGGCGAGCGGCCAUACUGGGAGCUGUCCAACCACGAGGUGAUGAAGGCCAUCAACGAGGGCUUCCGGCUGCCCACACCUAUGGACUGCCCUUCUGCCAUCUACCAGCUCAUGAUGCAGUGCUGGCAGCAGGAACGUGCCCGCCGUCCCAAGUUUGCCGACAUCGUCAGCAUCCUCGACAAGCUCAUCCGAGCUCCCGACUCCCUCAAGACGCUGGCUGACUUCGACCCCCGGGUGUCCAUCCGGCUGCCCAGCACUAGCGGCUCCGAGGGAGUGCCCUUCCGCACUGUGUCUGAGUGGCUCGAGUCCAUUAAGAUGCAACAGUACACAGAACACUUCAUGUCAGCCGGCUACACUGCCAUUGAGAAGGUUGUGCAGAUGACCAACGACGACAUCAAGAGCAUUGGGGUGCGGCUGCCUGGCCACCAAAAGCGCAUUGCCUAUAGCCUGCUGGGUCUUAAGGACCAGGUGAACACAGUGGGGAUCCCCAUCUGA